GGCCGGCCCGGUCCGGCCUGAUCCGGCCGGCGCGGGCCUCCCCCCGGAGCUGCCCAGACUGCCGCCGCGGGCUUCUGGCCGAAUCCUCGCGGACGUCCAGUUCCACGCGCCCUGAGUGGGCUAAAGGGGUCGACUGACGGCAAAGAGAUGGGGAAAGGUUAUUGGAGAGUAAGCAAGCAAAACGCACAAUCUGGACAAACCUGAAAUGAAUAGUCAUUUGAACAGGGAGGGAUGAGUUUCCUUGCCAGCUGUGUACCUGUAUUUUCUUGUAGUGGUGAGAAUUUGCUUUUCCUGUAGAAGAUGCAUGAGAUCCUCCUCCUGUGCAGAAAAUAAAAGCGUCUGAACUUGUUGCUGAGCCAGGCUAUGGUGUUCAGUGUCCAUGUAUUGUCAGAUUUUACUGACCAGAAAUGAACCUGUACAAACUUCAAGGCAGCGGCACAGAACACAGUGUGAACUGGGCAGCAGCUGCUCCUGCCGGCACUGAAAAUGAACAAAAGGAGGCCUUUAACCGUGCUGAUUUAGGGAAGCAGAAGGAUGGACAUCAGGAAGAUGCAAAGACGUGUUGCAGUAUAUGUAUGGGAACAAACUCAAGUAGGAAACAGUUUAACGGACCAAGAUCCAGUGGAACUGAUUUCUGCAGUCAUGAGCCAAAUGGCAGGUCAGCUGGAAGUUUCAGGAGGCAAAGCAAAGUUAACAGUGAACAGCUGAAUUGGAGCCAGUCACACAGAGAUAUGAUGAUGAUGAUGAUCCAAGAAAUGAAAAGGUGUUUGCCUGAAGAAAAAAGGAGUUCCAGCAAGCCCAGUACUAUCAGUGCUCUCAACUAUGCCUUGCAGUGUGUCCAACAGGUCCAAGCAAACAGUGAAUUUUUCCAAGCUGCAAAUGACCGAAGAGUGUUUCAGACAGAUGUGAUCACAUACAGCAUAGAUGAGCUUGUGGCAGUUGCAUCUGAACACACUCCAAAAAACACUGACACCUUUGUGGCUGUAUUUUCCUUGCUUUCUGGGCGAAUAGUGCAUAUUUCUGAUCAGGCAGCAUCCAUUCUAAACUGUAAGAAAAAAUUGUUGGAUUCGUCCCGGUUUGUAGAGCUGCUUGUCCCUCAGGAUGUUAGUGUGUUCUACACACACACUGAUCAGUCCCACUUGCCGCUUUGGAAUACAGAAAAUCAAACAGCUUCUCUGUAUGAAUAUGCCCAGGUGAAAUCCUUUUUCUGCAGGAUCAGGCCUGGUAAAGAUCAAGAACAAGAAAUGCGUUGUUACCCCUUCCGAAUCACCCCGUACUUGGUCCAUGUGUGCACUUCUGCCCACAUGGAUGCAGAAUCCUGCUGUUUAGCUUUGGCUGAGAAAAUUCACUCUGGAUAUGAAGCUCCUCGAAUUCCUAUGGAAAAAAGAAUCUUCACCACCACUCACACCCCAGGAUGUGUUUUUCUUGAGAUAGAUGACAGAGCAGUGCCUCUUUUGGGUUACUUACCUCAAGAUUUAAUCGGAACAUCCAUACUGAUGUAUUUGCACCCAGAAGAUCGUCAUUUGAUGAUUGCUGUUCACCGGAAAAUCCUGAAGUUUGCUGGUCAGCCCCCUUUUGAACAUUCACCUAUUAGAUUUUGUACUCAAAAUGGAGAUUAUGUCAUACUGGAUACCAGCUGGUCCAGUUUUGUGAAUCCUUGGAGCAGAAAAGUAGUGUUCAUCAUUGGCCGACACAAAGUUCGAACAAGCCCUUUGAACGAAGAUGUUUUUGCUGCAAGAAGUAAAGAAAUGAGGAGUGUUGAGAAAGAGAUAAGAGAAUUGCAAGGACAAAUUUACAAGCUUCUCCUGCAGCCAGUUCAUAGCAAUGUUUCUAGUGGUUAUGGAAGCCUCGGUAGCAAUGGCUCUUAUGAACACUAUAUCAGUAUAGCAUCUUCAAGUGACUCCAAUGGGAACUGUGCAGAGGAGGUGCAAGAACCGAUAACAUUGCAACAAGUAUGUGCAGAUGUCAACCGAAUAAAGAGUCUGGGACAACAGUUGUAUAUUGCAUCAAGAAGCAAGCUGCAGAAUGGAAAUGAACAGGCUACAAGUUCAGAAAUGCUAGGAGGGAAAAGGCACGCUGCUUCCUGUUUUCUCCAGGCAUUGAGAAGUGAUAGCACUGAAGAACCAGGCAAUACAUUUUAUGAUGAUUCAAAGAAGACUCCGCAUGUUCCAUCAUAUCAGCAGAUCAAUUGUGUUGAUAGUAUCAUCAGAUAUCUAGAGAGCUGCAGCAUUCCAGCCUUGAAAAGAAAAUGUAAAUCUACAAAUACAUCAUCAUCAUCUUCAGAGGAUGACAAGCAAGCACAGCAAAGCCAGAAUGUAGUCAAGGCAUUAGAAGUUAAUUCCCAGACUCCAAUAUCUGCUAACCUGGAAGAGACUCUGAAAGAGCAAACUGCCACAGGCGUGAUGGCAGCUCCUCUGGUGGACCUGACUCUGACCAACAAGGCUCCAAGUGUGGUAUCUGUCACUAGCCAGUGCAGUUACAGCAGCACUAUAGUGCAUGUUCCACACCCUGAAUCAGAAGUGACUACAAUGGAGGAUGCCACUGUUGGAAGUGAACACGUUGAGCUGCCUCCUGUGAAUGCUCAAAGUCUUAUUAUGAUUCCCGAGGAAUUAAAGCCAGUUGGGCUAACAAAAGAGACGUUGUCAGCCCACACUCAGAAGGAGGAGCAGAACUACGUGGACAAGUUCCGCCAGAAGAUCUUGCUCUCUCCAUUUAGGACUUACCUCCAACAGGGGAGCAGAAGUAACAAUGGACAUUCCUGUGGUCAAGGAGAUUCCCCUUCAAAGCAGAUGAGCCCAGCUAGCUGCAAAAAAGGCAAACAUGGAAAAUUCAAGCGCCAGAAACCUCGGAGACAGUCCUCAGAUUGCCAUUCUUCUAGUAAAAAUAGAAAUAGUCUUCCAUGUGAAAAGAGAACAGUUCAGAAACAGUCAUUAUCUCCCUCAGAAGUGUCUUGUCUGAGUCUCUCCAGUACAAAUGCAUUUCCUCCUACGGGAUUUCCUGUCUCUUCUGAUCCACUAGCCUGUUUUCCAGCCUCUUCUGUAAGAGAGGAGCUUUCCCUUCACUCAUUAAAACCUGAGUCCAUGUCAUCGUCACAACUGCGCUGUGAAGCACAGUCAUUUCCAGCAUUUUCUGCCCCAAACAUAGGCACCUUUAUGGCUGUGCUUUUUCAUAGUUUCCCCAUGUAUACUCAGAUGCCUCAAUCUGGCUUUCUUCCUCCCCUUCAAUAUGCUUAUCCCUCCUCUUCGUAUCCAUGCACUACACUACCUCCGGCUCCCCCUCCCUCUACUCCAUCACUGGUAGCACUGAACUCUGUGCAUCAGCCCUUUGUAGCCUCCCUUGCCAUGUCCACUGAAAAACAGCAAGAGGGCCUCUGUGACCAGGCCCUGCUGCAUAGUAGCUCACAGAGCAGCUCCCCACUUCAGCUGAAUUUUCUUCAAGAAGAGCUGCCAAAACCUGUGGAGCUUCCUGUUAGAACCGAUGCUAAAGCACAUGUGAAGGCAAAAUGUGACAAUGAUCCAGAAGCUAGUGGUAACAAUGAUAGCCUCUGUCCUUCUAGUGAAUUCACUUACCUCUUACUGCAUGAAGACUCCCAGUCGGGUACUGGUUCAGCAGCAUCAGGCAGUGGAUCAGCUGUGUCUAGUUCUUUAGGCUCUGCUUCCAAUGAGCCUUCUGGUUGUGGCACAGGUAGUGGGAAAAGCAUCAAGUACUUUGCCAGUAAUGGUUCUUCUGAAACAUCCAAAGAGGAGAAAGAUCAGGAAGCAGAAGACAAAGGGACAUCUCGUAAACCCAAACAUGAAUCAGCCUGGCUGAUGAUGGAGCACACACAUGAGCAGGUUCUGAUGAUGUAUCAGAUGCCCAACAGAAAUAAAGAGGAAGUUUUAAAGGAGGACCUGGAGAAGUUGAUAGUCAUGCAAAAGCAGCAGCCUUGGUUUACUGAGGGGCAAAAGAAGGAGCUUGCAGAAGUGCACUCAUGGAUACGGACCCAGACUGUCCCACAGCAAAUCAACACCCAGGGUUGUGUUACAUGUGACAUCAGGGAAGUGAGUCAUGAAGCUGCAAAGGCUGAUGACCAUAUGGAAGAUGAGGGAAAAUCACCUCCACUCUUGCAGUGCUGAAGACAGCACCUGUGUCAGUAAAACUGUUUGGUAUAAUUUCCACUCUCUUUUCCUCUGGCUUUGCUACAUACAAGCAGUGGAUCUAUCCAGAUGUCGUUUCCCAACAUGAGCAGUCGCAUGUGUGAAACUGUCUUUCUUCAUUACACCCCACCCUCAGCAUGAUUUUGAAGAUGCUGGCUGGGAGGCUCUUCCCCUUCCUGACCUCACAGUCUUGACACAAAAUGGGGUGCGUUUGUAAGUUUUGAUCACUCAGUGAUGAAAAAAAUGCAAAGCUUUUCUUUUUCUUUCUUUUUAUUUUUUUUUUCUUUAACUUGGCAGGUAAGAGUAUGAAAAGAUGCACUUGUUAAGAACCUACAUUGAUGUAGCCCUAACAGAUCAGAGCACAUUUAUGCCUCAGUACAGUAGAUGUGUUAGAAGCAUUGAAUCCAUGUACCAUAUAAUGCUCUUUAUUGUUAUUUCUUCAACAUUUAAAGGUCUGAGCUGAAGAUCCAAAUACUCUGAGACUCUGAAAACUCUGUAACUGCUUCUGAAAUCCUGUAGGCUUGUUUAUGAGCAACUGAAAAUUGACCAAGCUCUUUGGCAUCAAAAUGCCUUUUCCCAAUUUGUGUCCACCAAAAAAUAAAAGUAAACUGAAGGGAAAAGAAGCAAAGUUGUUCCCUAUAUUUUCAUAUUAAGUAUAUUAGUACCAAAUUGUUUCAUACCUUUUGCCUCUAUCUCCCAGGAAAGGUUUUAAAAAUUGAGGUAAUUGGUUUGUACAUCCAUUUGAGCUUAAAUUUUAAUUUCUCCAUUUUGUUUCCAUUAUAUUGAUGCCAACAGAGAGCUUGAACUUAAUUUCUUCUACUUUCUUGACAAGUCACAUGUUACGGAGACAAACUUUGACACCAAACUGCAUGUUUACUGCAUCUUACCGUGAGAUUUAACCUCUUUCUUCUUGAUACUGGAGUCUCCAGCAGUUUGAAUCCAUGGACAAAAACUAGAUUUAUGCAUAUAAUUUUUUUUUUCCUUUUAGAAAGCCAUAGUCACUUUCUCUUUCAGUAUGUCGUGUUAGGGCUUCUAGCUUAAUGCUUGAUAUUCCAAAGUGCUCUUUAAACAAGAUACUCUUCACUAAGACCUGGUAAAUUUUGUCUGGCCACCACUUUAUUUUUCAAAAGAUGUAUGUAGUAAUGCAGAUUUUCCUCUUGGUAUUAUUAAUCACCUUAGCCAUCUAAAUAAACAGUUUUAGAAUGUAACAUAUUAUCCACCUUUUUAUUUGGUUUAACCCAUCCUUCUCUGCUAUGUGAAGGUGCUUCUUAAUAUUUAUGUUCGUUUCAGUUUCAUUUAGUAGUAAGCUUCAAAUAGUUGAGCAGUAAAUAAGAAUAGUGGUUGAUCUACAGAUGGUCAAAGGAAAAUCAUAGAUUCAUAAACUGGUAAGGUUGGAAGGGACCUCUGGAGAUCAUCUACUCCAACCCUCAAGCGAGUGGCCCAUAUGGGGAUCAAACCCACAACCUUGGCAUUAUUAGCACCAUACUCUAACCAACUGAGCUAAAGCUAACCCCCAUGAUGGCUUUGUUGCUUUGUUUUUUAAUCAAUUCAGUGAAAAUUCUUCAUAUUAAAUUUGAUUUCAAGGAAGUUAUUUUUAUAGAACUGAAAUUUCCAAGACUGACUAGACUCAGACAGUGUUAUUCUGAUUUCUACAGUAUGGUUGCCUCUGUUUUGUACCUUUAAACCCCAUUUCAGCUUGAACCUGUUCUUUUUCCUAAGUAUUGCAAAUCAGCAGAUAUCUGCAUAUUCUCAGUUUUGUGUGUUUGAGUUUUAAACACUUUUUAAAAAUAAAAACUUUGAUAGGUGCUUAAAUAUAGCAGUUUAUUAACCAAUAGAAAAAUCUGGUCAAUAUCUUACUCCCUUUCUUAUUAUUUUUCAACACUUUCCAAAUGUGGAAUGCUGCUUUAUAACCCUACUGCCUAAAAGAUUUGCUCCGAAACAUUUAGUAAGAUGCUUUCUUUGUAUGUUCUUCUCUAACUGGGAAGCUUCUUAAUCGACUUUUCUGCUAACUUAAGCUGAUGCAAUCCAAACCCACUGUAGUUAGUUGUACUUUAAUAAGUCUUGGGACUUGGUGAAACAGAUUAAUUUGGAUGUUCCAAGUAAGGAUAGCUGUCUUCCUCAAAUAGUUUAGGAGUAUAAGCUGGAAGGAAAGUUUAAAUAAGCAGCCUACUUGCUGUGUGCAAUUUCCAACGUAUAUUUGUUGAGGGGAAAGAAAAUUAGAUGGUUUAUGAUGUCUUCGCAGGCAUGCAUGUUACCCAUUUUAUAAAAGAUUAGGACUUAGUAUGAGAUGAUACUUCCUAAUGAUCGAAUAAUACCUUUCAUUCGUAGACCUGUAACAUGUUGGAAAAGUGAGUAAGAAUCGUUAUUCCUGGUGUAUAAAAAGAGACAGAAGCACAGGUGCAUACCCCCAAUUCAUACCAAAAUGAGGAGUAGAAUUCAGGGAUCUUCAGUCACUCUGUCGUGCUCUGUCUUUGCUGCGGAUGUUUAAGAUUCUGACAUGUACAUAGAAAUUUAAUCAUAUUUAAUGAGUUUUUUAUUUGAGGAUUUUACCCUUCCCAUACUGUGGACUACACUGAAUCUGUGACCAGUAUAAUCAUAUAGCAGCUGAAAUCCUUGACAGCGUUCGUAGUGCUGUGAGCAUUAUACCCUGUGACUACAUAUAAUGUAGACUCAUGUUUCUAGGAGUUUAAAUUGAAAGAUCCUGGCUAAAUCUUAGGUGCAAGAUUCCUUGCCUGGGGCUACGCUAGCUAUGGGUUAUAGAAGAAAUGAUACAGGAGAGGAAUACGAGUGGAAUGAAGAGGUGAAACAACACCCUCUGUGAAUAUGAAACUGAAAUAUAUGCCCAGGAAUGCACAGUCUUGAACGCAAAACCAGAUUUAGGACAAAGAUCUACUUCCCAAGCUAAUCCUUACCCUACUUGAACUGCAACAUCUUGCAAUCAAAUGCCUUAUCAAGCCUUCUGGGAAGGACUUGUUAAAAACUUUGUUUCCAUAAUUUUCAGGAAUUUGUAGUUUUUAUUUGAGCUUAUAUUCAUUUUCCAGUCUUUGUAGUUUGCCAAAGUAGUCUUAUAUGAGAUCCAGCUCUGAUCUGAAAGACAAGUAGAGUAAAUAUUGCAGCCAUCUUUGCACACUUCAGUUUAGUUUAUAGGGCUUUAUUUUGCCUGCCACAAUGAAAAUUAUGUAAAUGGUUUAGAGUUUCUUAAGUAGUAAUUUUUUUAAUGUUCUAAAGCUAGUGAUGUUGCUAGUGAUCAAAGUGAAAAUACACAAGAACAGUAAUGGUGUGGUUACUACCCCCUGGGGGGGUAUCAGCAGUUUGGAAAUUCUUGGUGGAUUUGGCUGGCAAAAAUUUGUGUGUUGUAUUCAUAAAUGUAUGCUUAUGUUAAAAAAAAAAAAAAAAAGUUGAUGUGCAGAUGGUUUCUUGACAUUGCUAUGAACAGGAGGGACCCCAGUUUAUAUCUGCAUCAUGUGGUUUAAAAAAUCUCUGAAUAAGGAAUGUGUUGUUAAGCUUAUUCCUCCGCUGAAUUAAGUUUUAAGUUGCAAUUUGAAUGAUUUUUUUACAUCAGUUGAUAGGACUAUUUUGUUGAAAUAAUGUUCAGUUGUGGAUGAAUUUACAGUUUUGAUUUUAACUGUGUAAUUUAAAAGAGGUUCUGUUUUAUAAAUAAAAACCAGAAAAUACUGUGUGGAGAA